AAAAAGAGGGCAUGGAAAUACAAGACGUGUCAAGCCACUCUCGAGGGUCUUUCAGGCUUCUCCUUUUGCGGGCCAGUCUUCCAUGCAGUAGCGAGGGCUGCUGGGACGGAAGCCGGACUCGAUGAGUGGAUGGGAUGGGCAGUCUGUUCAAAGUUCAGUGUGGGAGGGGGCCUGAAGAGUAGCAAAUCUCUUGCUCUAGUAUGGUCUUGUGGGUGUCUAGGCCAUCCCCCAACCUCUGCAUCGAGCCACUCUUCCCUCAAUUCCUCCCCUGCUCUCUCACCUCCUCAACUAGCCUUCCGCUCAGUCCCCAGCUUCCCUGGCGUCCGUUCAGCCCCGCCUCUUGUCCUCUCUCCAGGCGUCCUAGCUUGUGUGGGCCAUACAUCAUCUCCGAUUCUGACGGUGCAGGUUUCAGAGGGCUGAAGUGUAUGGUCCAAGGUGGAGAAACUCGAUGAUGUUAUGAGAAGCUGGAAUGGUUAAAUCAAAGUUCUGACCAGCAGAGCUGU